CUUCCGGUGCGGCCGCGCGCGGGCGCAGCGGUGGGAGGCGGCGAGCAGCCGACCGUCUGGUCCCCUGGUCUGCCCGCCCAGGUUGGGGCCUCCAGGCUUGCCUCACCACCAUGUGGCACGAGGCGCGCAAACAUGAGCGCAAGCUGCGAGGCAUGAUGGUAGACUACAAGAAGAGGGCCGAGCGGCGGCGGGAGUACUACGAGAAGAUCAAGAAGGACCCGGCCCAGUUCCUGCAAGUGCACGGCCGAGCCUGCAAGGUACACCUGGAUUCUGCAGUUGCCCUGGCUGCCGAGAGCCCUGUUAACAUGAUGCCCUGGCAGGGGGACACCAACAACAUGAUUGACCGCUUUGAUGUCCGUGCCCACCUGGACUACAUCCCUGACUACACACCCCCGCUGCUCACCACCAUCUCCCCAGAGCAGGAAUCAGACGAGCGGAAAUGCAACUACGAGCGCUACCGAGGCCUGGUGCAGAAUGACUUUGCCGGCAUCUCCGAGGAGCAGUGCUUGUACCAGAUCUACAUUGAUGAGUUGUACGGAGGCCUCCAGAGACCCAGUGAGGAUGAGAAGAAGAAGCUGGCCGAGAAGAAGGCCUCCAUUGGCUACACCUAUGAGGACAGUACGGUGGCCGAGGUAGAGAAGGUGGCGGAGAAGCCUGAGGAAGAGGAGUCACCGGCUGAGGAGGAAAGCAACUCGGAUGAAGAUGAGGUCAUCCCCGACAUCGAUGUGGAAGUGGAUGUGGACGAACUAAACCAAGAGCAGGUGGCAGAUCUCAACAAACAGGCCACAACCUAUGGCAUGGCUGAUGGUGACUUUGUCAGGAUGCUGCGGAAGGACAAGGAGGAGGCGGAAGCCAUCAAACACGCCAAGGCCCUGGAGGAGGAGAAGGCCAUGUACUCGGGUCGUCGCUCCCGGCGUCAGCGGAGAGAGUUUCGAGAGAAGCGAUUGAGGGGACGCAAGAUCAGCCCUCCCAGCUAUGCCCGCCGAGACAGCCCCACCUAUGACCCUUACAAGCGGUCGCCCUCGGAAUCCAGCUCAGAGUCCCGCUCCCGCUCCCGCUCCCCGACUCCUGGCCGGGAGGAGAAGAUCACAUUCAUCACCAGUUUUGGGGGCAGCGACGAGGAGGCAGCCGCAGCUGCAGCUGCUGCAGCCGCGUCAGGGGCCGCCACAGGGAAGCCCCCCGCAGCCCCCCAGCCUGGCGGCCCCGCACCGGGACGCAAUACCAGCGCCCGCCGCCGCUCCUCCUCCUCCUCUUCUGCUUCGAGGACCUCCAGCUCCCGCUCCCGCUCCAGCUCCAGCUCCCGCUCUCGCCGUGGCGGCGGGGGCCACUACCGCUCUGGUCGCCAUGCCCGCUCCCGUUCCCGCUCCUGGUCCCGCUCUCGCUCCCGUUCCCGGCGCUACUCCCGGUCCCGCAGCCGGGGCCGGCGGCACUCAGGUGGCGGCUCCCGUGAUGGACACCGCUACUCCCGAUCGCCCACCCGGCGUCCUGGCUACGGGCCACGACGCAGAAGCAGGAGCCGUUCCCGCUCAGGAGAUCGCUACCGGCGGGGCGGCCGGGGCCCAAGGCACCACAGCAGCAGUCGCAGCAGCUGGUCCCUCAGCCCAUCCCGCAGCCGCAGCCUGACGCGCAGCCGCAGCCCCAGCCCGAGCCCCAGCCCCAGCCGCAGCCGCAGCCGCAGCCGCACGCAGAGCCAUUCGCCAUCACCUCCGAGGGAGAAGCUGACAAGGCCGGCAGCAUCUCCCGCUGUGGGCGAGAAGCUGAAAAAGACUGAACCUGCCGCUGGUAAAGAGACAGGAGCUGCCAAACCCAAGCUGACACCGCAGGAGAAGCUGAAGCUGAGGAUGCAAAAGGCGCUGAACAGGCAAUUCAAGGCGGAUAAGAAGGCAGCUCAGGAGAAGAUGAUCCAACAGGAGCACGAGCGGCAGGAGCGGGAGGACGAGCUCCGAGCCAUGGCACGCAAGAUCCGAAUGAAGGAGCGGGAGCGCAGAGAGAAGGAGCGAGAAGAGUGGGAGCGCCAGUACAGCCGGCAGAGCCGCUCACCCUCGCCCCGUUACAGCCGGGAAUACAGUUCUUCCAGAAGCAGGCGCUCGAGGUCCCGCUCCCGGAGCCCCCACUACCGGCACUAGGCGGGGGAGGCUGGAAUUGGGACACUGCUGUUUCUCUCCAAUGAAAUAAAGUCAGACACUAUUUAAUUCCC